AUGCCCAUUAAAUUAUUUUAAAGAACCUUAAAGAAAUUAAGAAAAUGGAACCUGUUUAAAAUGUUCACCUCUUUGUUCUUAUUGCCAAACCAGAAACAUAGCUGA